CGCGUGAGCUUCGUUCCCUGCAAUACAACACGAACCCGUGUCUCUGGUCUCAAAAUCCGCCCUGAAACCUCACAAAAUGGCAGACACACAACACAACCUCACCGUCCUCAUAUCCGGCAAUGGCUCGAAUCUCCAGGCCCUGAUCGAUGCAUGCGCAUCCGGCGCGCUCCCCAACACACGAAUCACACACGUUAUCUCAAAUCGCAAAGCAGCAUACGGCCUCGAACGCGCCGCGAAAGCCUCGAUCCCAACAACCUACCACAACCUCGUUCCCUACAAAAAGUCGCACCCGGACACGGAUUCCGCGCGCACAGCCUACGACACCGACCUCGCGAACAUCAUCCUUGCGCUGUCUCCUCGCCCUAAUCUCAUCGUCUGCGCGGGCUGGAUGCACAUCGUCACUCCAUCGUUCCUGACACCCAUCGCCAACGCGGGCAUCAAGAUCAUAAACCUGCAUCCUGCGCUGCCGGGCGAGUUUGCGGGCGCGGAUGCGAUUGGACGUGCGUGGGAGGCGGGGCAAAAGGAAGGGCUGAAGAGGACGGGCGCGAUGAUCCAUGAGGUUAUUGCGGAGGUGGAUGCUGGGGAGGCGAUUGUGACGCAGGAGGUGGAGAUUAGGAAAGGGGAGAGUAAGGAUGAGUUGGAGGAGAGGAUGCAUAAGGUGGAACAUGGACUGAUUGUUGAGGGGACGAGGAGGGCGUUGGGGGGUUUAGGGCGGUGAUUGAGAGGGGGUGGGAUGGAUAUUUGAUACCCUUUUUGAGAGCUUGCAGGAUGGGAAGAUGUUGGCUCGUCGCAAGAUAUAGUGCGGAAUGCCAGACGUUGUGUUGCUGUAAAAGUUGAUUGUACAAUCGCGAACAUCUCCAUGUUCUAUCGCCGGUACAAUCUGGUGCUGGGUGGAACAGUGUCCCGACACUUGUUCUAACAACUAUAAGACCUGCCUAACUGUCUAAACGAAGAGCUAGUGUCUCAGUGUUCAUACGAAAGCCAUUACUUUGGUCAGUUGUAGAGCAGUUGUUGGUACAAAACCAGGUGAAUACAAAGAAUUCCAAG